AUGGAAGGGAAAAAAUUAGAGCGCGAGAAAUUUUCUCUUUUUUUGAGUCGCGCGCGCCGCUGUGUGGUAUCCGUGAUGGUGAUUAUUUCUAUCGUGGUCUUGAAUGAGCUUCUCUUGAAGGGUACUGUUGGAUCUCCUAAUCAGAUUGGCUUAAAGUCAAGAAAUUUAUCCGAACAUCCCGCGUACCCAAAUGAAUAUAUGACUAAUGAGGAUGGUCAGGAAGGAGCAGAAGACGCGCUUGGUGAGGUUACAGAAGAUUUGUAUGAAAGCUCACAAGGAAAUGGAAACACGGUAGAAGAACAUUUCCAAAGUGUGUGCGACGAAUCUGAGUUAAGUGAAAAGUGCCACAUCGUUUUUCACAGCUUUGAAGAAGAGGAUAUAAAUGAAAUAAUCAAUUCGGUGAAUGAUAAUUUAUUCAAGAGGGAGAUUCUUGAGAGAUGGAUACAGCUACACGAAGAUGCAGCAGGGAAGGUGCAGAGUUUGAAAGAGCAUUUAUCAUAUUAUUUGGAGAAAUUAAAAAGUUUGUAUAACGUGGAUGAAAACAUUGCAGAGGAACAGAUGCGGGAGAACAAUUAUACUAUUGAGUCAAAUGUUAGAAUGACCAAGGAGUAUCACAAUAAGCUCUUUUUCUACUACAUCAUAAAGGAUAAUUUGCCCGAGUCUGAUUACGAGAGUUUUAUAAAUAUAGCUAGAAACGCGUUUAACUUAUUUAUAAAUGAGCUAGUUACUAUGGGGGAGCGUACUCUAAAUAAAUGUGUACCUCAGUAA